AUGAAUGAAAAGUCCUCUCUGAGAACCACAUAUGAAAAUGCGUUUGAAUUAAUAAAAAAAACUACUGAUAUGGACUCAAAACCUCAAUUUUUGAGUAAACUCGUUCAACUUUUAAAAGAAGAAGGUGAAAAAGAUUGGAUUUUAAACUUGCUAGCAGCUUGCUUUUGGUUCUGCUUGACAGAUACUGUUUCCCACCGCUUGCAGUCUUUUUUGGACGAAAUUUCCUUCGUAACACGAAAUGUGGUGAUGCAUCAUAAUGCGACCUAUCACUUUACAGGUGAGUUUGAAGAUAAAGAAACCUCUAAAAUCUUCUUACAUCUUUUAUGCAACUGCUAUGGGAGAUUCUACAGUCUCGCAAUAGAUUUGCAGGGCCCUAAUGAUGUCAUGCCAUUGAUUUUGGGCAAUCUAUUUGGACCCUUGAGGCAAAUAAUGGCAAUGAUGUUAUUAGGUACUGGUGCACUUAUGUUUAGUGCCAGCUUUCCAGUAGUCCUUGAAAGUGAUACCGCUUCAUUGACUGAUAUUGCCGUGCUUGUCCUCAUGUCUACGCAUCUGCGAGCCUUGAGUGAGAUCUAUCUUGCUCCUGAAUCUAGUCCAGCAUCGAUCAUUUAUCCAAAAUCAUGUACACCCGCACAAAGCUUGAAAGAGUCUGUCAAGGUACUAUUGGAAGUUUUGGAUCACGGCACUAAUGUUGACUAUAUAAGCUGCACCGUCGGCGCCGAUGCAAUUUUUGUAUCUCUUUGUGAGCUCAACGCCCACGAUAAAUCCGAGGUAUUACUGGUGUUCAAUCAGCUUCUGAUAAAGAUGUCGUUGACCACAUUUUCUUCCAGACUUCUCAUUAUUGCUAGUUUCCUGAUCAUCGGCUACAACAGCAAGUUGGAAGACGUUCCGACUUUGAUCAGAAGCUUAUAUCAGCUGGAGCGCCUACCACCUUUGCCUAAAACUGGCCUUUUCGUUGAAACACUGAAAAUUGUGCAAGGAAUCAACAUCUCUUUAUUUGAUGCAAGUUACAAUCUUCAAAAACUUAGUCAUGUGGUCAAAUACCUAUUGGUUUUGCAGAGAUGGAGCAUCGAGAAUAUCUUGAAAGAACACGUUACAAUUGCAACGAGAUCAAUGAUUGAUACUAGUGAAGGUUCGCACUAUGUUACCAAGAUAUUGGCGCCAGUUGCUCGCUUGUUGAUCAGCAGUUUACUCAUGGUGGUUUUCAUCUCCCAAAAUGGCCAGCACAAGGAGUUUUAUAAGCUCUCAGUAACAAAUUUGGCAGAAUUGAUAUCUGCGAAUGAAACUUUUUGGACCAUUCUUCUCUCUCUUAUGAAAGAUUCAAUCAGUGAAAAUCCUUUUCACUCGAAAAUUUUUGCCCAGCUCUUGCUGGACCUAGUGGAAAUGAAAGCUGGUACCGAUUUUAUUCCCAGCCUGCUCCAAACUUCCGUUGAUGAUAUCAUUUUGUUCGCCAACAGCACUUCCAAACUCGUGGAUUUCGACAUCACAACCCUAGAAUAUGUGUAUGGGCCAUCAGCAAAUUCCAAAGGCGCCUCUAAGCUUUCAGAUUGA